AUGAUCGCGUCCACAUCAAGGUGCAUGACCUCUGCGCUGAGGUCACAUGUGCAGUCGUUACGUACGUCCACAGCGGGCAACGGCUCCCAUACUCGGCUCCUCUCAUCAUCCCAGACGAAAGAUGUGAAUUCGAGACGGAUGCUCUCAUCGAGCUCAGCGUUGGCAGCUCACUUCGACCAGUCGGGCGCGGCUGCAUCAUCAUCGAGCAGAACAGCUCCACCUGCAUCAACGCAAUUAUCACCGCUGCAAUCUCCUCAUACCUACCUUCUAGAAGAACUUGCCAGGCGCGACCACCCAUCCUACUUGGCACAUCACUUCUACCCCAAGCAUCUGCAGACGCACUUUGCAGCCAUCCGAACGUUCAACGUCGAAAUUGCUGGGCUCAAGGAUACGGUUUCCAACGAGCUGCUGGGCCGCAUGCGAAUGGGAUGGUGGAGGGACGCCGUUCAGGGAGCAUACCAGAACCGUCCAGCCAAGCACCCGGUGGUGCUCGCUCUGCGCGAUGCGUUCCAGGAUUCGGCCGUGCAGUCCAACGCUGCUGGCGGCUUGAUGCUCGACCACUUCCUGCGCAUCAUCGACGUGCGCGAGGCUGAUCUUAGCGACGACUUCCAAGCCCCUUCGCUCGAAUCACUCGAAUCGUACGCCGAAAGCACCUCCUCUCGCCUCCACUAUCUCUCACUCAACCUGCUCGGCGUACGCAGCGACGCCAUCGACGAGCUCUUUUCUCACCUCGGGAAAGUCUCCGGUCUCAGCCUCGCCAUCUCCAGCAUACCUUACCACACGCACCCACCCCCGCACACGCGCAACUCGAUCACGAAGGGUGCACGGAAACUCGUCCUCCCACGCGAAUUCGUGCACGAGCACAAGGUCGUCGAAGAAGACGUCUUCCGCAACGGCCCCGAAGCUCAAGGUUUCCGCGACGCUGUCUUCGCCCUUGCGACUCGUGCGAACGACUAUCUGAUCACCGCACGCAAGAUCAUCGACGACGAGUUCGGCGGAAAGCUCCCAGCCGCGGUCGUCCCUACACUGGUCGGCGUCGUUCCCGCUAGAUCGUACCUGGAGAGAUUGGAGAAGGCCGACUUCAACCCGUACGACGCUUCAUUGCAGAGUGGCAAACAUUGGAAGCUGCCUUGGAAUAUGUGGCGCACCAGUCGGAAACGCACCAUUUAA